AUGGUCACCUCCCUUCUUCCUCAACAGUUUGUGGAAAUUCUCCCAAGCAUAGAAAUGUAUGUUUUCCCAGCAGUAGUCACAGAAUCAGUGUGGCCGGGGCAUCAUUUAAACUCCCUGCAAAGGCACAAAUACCAGAAGAGAAAAGUGAAGAUGGGACAUUUUGAAAUGGUCACCACGCUGCUGGCAGCCAUGACUCUAAUGGACAUCUUCCAGGUGAAGGCAGAAGUGUUAGACAUGGCAGAGAAUUCGUUUGAUGAUGAAUACCUAAAGUGCAGCAACAGGAUGGAAAUGAAGUACAUUCAGCAGCUGUUCAAGGAGGAAAGCGCCAGCCAUAGGCUCCUGGAGACUGUGUGGGACAAUGCCGGGAUCUUGUGGGAUGCUCGGAAGGCUCAGAUCCCCGUCCCCCUGACCUUCAAGAACUCCUAUGGAAUAGCCCUGAUGGCGUUCGUGACCGAGGCUCGAGAGCAGACUCCUUUUUACCACACGUUCAACAGAGCUGUGAAGAUGGCUGGCCAUUCCCGGAAAAGUUACAUCUAUGACUUUCCCUUCAAAGCUUUUCAUUUUUACCUGACAAGAGCCCUGCACCUGCUGAGAAGGCCUUGCGGUGACAGCUACAAAGACGUGGUGUACCUCACAAGUCCAGGCAUUUCCUUCAAUUUUGGAGAGAAAAACCUCGCCCGGCUGGGCAAUUUCACACUGGCAUAUUCAGCCAAACCCCCCAUAGAUAACAACCAACCAGUGCUAACCAUCCACACCUGCUUUGGGGUUCCUGUGGAAAGGUUUUUUGGUAACGAAAGUGAGAGAGUGGUUUUAAUACCUCUGAGUGAGGUUUUUCACGUGUCGCAGGAAGGAACUGACAAGGGCCUUACUCUGCACAGCAUAAACAAGACCUGCAGCUACUAUGAUUGUGCGUUCCUCGGGGGUCUAAAAACUGAAAAUUGCAUUGCAAAUCCAGAAUAUAUUGAACCAGUGUAUGUCUACAACCCUGAUCUGGAAAGUCAGAAGCUUGAAGACUCUGGUAGGAAAAGACUGGAAUCCACAGGAAUACCAGGAAUUAAAGUGCUACAACAAGAUGAAAAUCCUUUCAUGCAAGAUAAAAAACCUGAAGACAAAAGCCAAGGAAAUGCUGUCAAUCCUACCCUGGGCCCAGUUCCAGUUCCAGGUCCCAAAUCCCAUCCUUCUGCAUCCUCUGGCAGAAUGCUCCUUCCACCAGUCACAGCAUCCAUCGCAUUGAUCGUCACUUCUGCUGUAAGCAUCUCCACUGCUCUAUAGUUUGAAACAGCAUCCUAUCGUUCAUUUGAAAGACGCUAUGGAGAUGCCACAGGAAGUCAAGAGAAAAGAGGUCUUUCUCACUUGCACAGGCUCACUGUAUAGAAUAAGAACUGUAUAUUUGUUCCCUGUUUUACAAUUUAAAAAGCUGUUACAGAUAGUGUCGAAGAAUUAACUUUUCAUUUCUGUUUAAUUUUAGGAUUGCAAAAAUCCCAAAGCUGUAUACUUUUGAUUGUAUUCAAUAAAACUUUUAAGUUUAUUAAAUGUUUUCCUGUAGGAUUUCCAAAUAUUAAAAGGCCAUUACUACUGUGACCAACAUGAAUUUAAUGCCAGAAUCAAAAUGUGAAUGAUAGUUUUCUCUCUGAAACAAUAAACAGGUAGACAGGAAAAUGAGAGUGAGCUGCUAAGAUGGCAGCCUUCUGUUGCCAGGAGACAAAGCAGAGAACUGCAGGCAGGAGAGGCCGCUUGGGGACCCUGUAACACAAGCAGCUCUGGGAUCCCUGCCUUCCCACAGGGAGCUGUUACUUUGCUGCUAUAUAUUUCUCCUUGUCUUUCUUUCUCACCAGUCUCCUAGAUGGCCAUCAGGACCUAUCUAUCUCCUGAGCCAAAGUGACAAUGAUCACAUGCAAAGAAAACCCUCCCAAAGCCACUGGCAUUGCAAUAAGCAUGAAAUUAAGACAGAAGAAAAAAAAAAUGGGA